UGAGGCCGGCACUGGCCGCCACAGCCCCACCAGCUCUCACAAUGAAGCCCAGCCGCCUCAUGACCUUCGUGGUUCUCCUUGCCCUGGGAAUCCUGACAUCCUGGGCUGUGGAAGGUGCUAGCAAAGAAAAAGCUAAGCAUGGAGUCUGCCCCUUCGUUCCCCCUACGAUAUGCUUUGUAUAUGAACCCCCUGAAUGCCAGAGUGACUGGCAGUGUCCAAAGAAGCAGAAAUGCUGUCGUGCCCUUUGUGGCAUCAAAUGCGUGGAACCUGAAGAUCCAUCAAAGCCAGUUAAGGUAAACCCUGGGAAGUGUCCAGUGGUCACUGGCCGGUGUAAGACGCCCAACCCCACAGACUACUGCCUGAAUGACGGCCAUUGCUUGUUCGGUGACAAGUGCUGCAAGGGUGUGUGUGGGAAAUCAUGUGUCAAGCCAGUGAAAGAUUUACCCUUGCCAGCUCAAAAAGAUUAGGACUUCCUGACCUGUGUGGUCUGGGGAUUCCUUUUUCCCCCAAGCAUAGAAAAAAUGAGACGACCUUGGUGAAGAUGUGGCUUCAUGAUCAAUAUCUUCUUGGGGGCUAAGUUUUGGCCUGUUUUAUCUAUGUAUCCCCAGCAUCCAAAAUGGGCUUGGUGCACAACAGGAAAUGUCUAUUGAUUCAUGAAUAAAUAAAUGUGCAAAGUUUUCUCUGCA